CGCAGCCGAGUAAAGUCACGUGAGCCGGGCUGCGGCGUCCCGCUCCGCGCCGUCAUGGCGGCCCCGAUGUACGGCUCCCCGGGCGGCCGCCUGGCCCGGGCGCUGACGCGGGCGCUGGCGCUGGCCCUGGUGCUGGCCCUGCUGGUCGGGCUGUUCCUGAGCGGCCUGACAGGCGCGAUCCCGAUCUCGGGACGCCGGUGGGGGCCCAAUGGGCCGGUCCCUCCCGACUCCCGCAGCCGCUCGGUGCUCCUGGACGCCGAGACUGGCCAGCUUCGCCUGGUGGAUGGCCGCCAUCCGGAGGCCGUGGCUUGGGCCAACCUCACUAACGCCAUCCGCGAGACCGGGUGGGCCUUUCUGGAGCUGCGCACGAACGGCCGCUACAAUGACAGCCUGCAGGCCUACGCCGCGGGCGUGGUGGAGGCCUCUGUGUCGGAGGAGCUCAUCUACAUGCACUGGAUGAACACGGUGGUGAAUUACUGCGGCCCCUUCGAGUACGAAGUCGGUUACUGCGAAAAGCUCAAGAGCUUCCUGGAGACCAACCUGGAGUGGAUGCAGGCGGAGAUGGAGCGGCACCGGGGCUCUGCUUACUGGCAUCAGGUGCGGCUGACCCUCCUGCAGCUGAAAGGCCUCGAGGACAGCUAUGAAGGCAGUAUGACCUUUCCAACUGGGAGGUUUACCGUCAAGCCCUUGGGGUUCCUCCUGUUGCAGCUCGCCGGGGACCUGGGAGACUUGGAGCCCGCCCUGAAUAAGACCAAGAGCAAGCACGUUAUGGGCUCUGGCUCUUGCUCUGCCCUCAUCAAGCUGUUGCCUGGCCACACGGACCUCCUGAUCGCCCACAACACCUGGAGCUCCUACCAGAACAUGCUGCGUGUCAUCAAGAAGUACUGGUUCCAGUUCCGGGAAGACCCGCAAGAGAACUCUCCCCUGGCUCCCGGCAACAAGGUGGUCUUCUCAUCCUAUCCCGGCACCCUCUUCUCCUGUGAUGACUUCUACAUUAUGGGCAGUGGGCUGGUGACACUGGAGACCACCAUCGGCAACAGGAACCCGGCCCUCUGGAAGUAUGUGCAGCCCAAGGACUGUGUCCUGGAGUGGCUGCGUAACGUGGUGGCCAACCGCUUGGCCUUGGACGGGGACGCCUGGGCAGACAUCUUCAAGAGGUUCAACAGUGGCACGUACAACAACCAGUGGAUGAUUGUGGACUACAAGGCAUUCGUCCCUGGCGGGCCCAGCCCUGGGAACAGGGUGCUCACCAUCCUGGAGCAGAUCCCGGGCAUGGUGGUGGUGGCCGAUAAGACCUCAGAACUCUACCAGAAGACCUACUGGGCCAGCUACAACAUACCGUACUUUGAGAAUGUGUUCAACGCCAGCGGGCUGCAGGCCCUGGUGGCCCAGUACGGGGACUGGUUCUCCUAUGAUGGCAGCCCCAGGGCGCAGAUCUUCCGGCGGAACCAGUCGCUGGUGCAUGACUUGGACUCCAUGCUCCGGCUCAUGAGGUACAAUGACUUCCUGCAUGACCCCCUGUCGCUAUGCAAAGCCUGCAAUCCCCAGGCCAACGCAGAGAACGCCAUCUCAGCCCGCUCUGACCUGAAUCCAGCCAACGGCUCCUACCCUUUCCAGGCCCUGUACCAGCGCUCCCACGGUGGCAUAGACGUAAAGGUGACCAGCAUGGCACUGGCCAGGGCCUUUCACAUCAUCGCGGUCAGUGGCCCUACGUGGGACCAGCUGCCCCCGUUCCAGUGGAGCUCCUCGCCCUUCAGCAGCCUGCUGCACAUGGGCCAGCCUGACCUCUGGAAGUUCUCGCCCAUCGAGGUCUGGUGGGACUGAGUCUCCUUCUCUGCCCUGCUGACCCCCAGCGGGGCCACCCACCAGCCACCACCCUGACCUCCUGCCUGCUCCCUCUGUGGGCUUCGUCCCCUGCUGUACCCAGAUCGGGGACCUGGGUCUGCCAGGUUCACUCUCGUUUGGGUUGUCUCCUGGGUGGGACACGGGGCCCAGUGGGGCCCAGAACUGACUCGUUCACUCCCCUUAAGUGAGGGAGUGCCUCCCCUGUCCCCUCUCUGCAUCUCUCUCUCUACUCUGUCUGCUUCUCUCUUUCUCCUAUGCUGGGGCCCUAUCCUCGUGCUGCCCCCUCUUGAGGGCUUGGGAGGGGUCCUCGGAUGGGGUUUGGGGCCCCUGGUGGAGCAGGAGGGGACCAUUCCAGUUCCUGCCUCCCAGUGUCAUUCCUGCUGGUAGCUCUGGGACUUGUGGGGUUUCGGUCCGAGACCUGGGCAUUGCGUCUGGGUGGCAUCGGUCUUUCUGUCUCCCAGCCCCAGCCACUCUGCUCCCUCAGGAAGCAGCCCCCUGUUCCCCCUCUGGAUAGAUUCCCUGAGGACAGAAACUUGAAAACAAACAAAAACCAAAGUUUCUGGUGACUUGUGGCUGGAGGGGCCUUCAGGGGCAGACAAGAGUGUCCGCCGCUAUGCUGCAGUCUCAUGUCCCCUGCCCCCGACUUGGGCUUGCCCCAGCCUCAGGGCGCUGCCCACAGCUCCCCUGCUGUAGGAACCAAAUUGCAGGCUGUGCUGCCAUUAAAUGAGAGGCCGUGGCUCCUGUGCUGUGCUUUUUCUCCUCUCUGGUUUGGGUUCUGCACCAUCUACCCAUGCAUUCUCCUGUCCAUUCUUCUGCCCACUAAUCUGUCCAUUUAUUCAUCUGCUAACCCACCUACCCAUUGUCCAUCUGCACCGUCUUCCAUCCAUCCAGCCAUCUACUCAUCUGUCCACCCAGCCAUCCACCCACCCAACCACCCAUCCAUUCACCUAUUCCCCCAUCCACCUGUCCAUUCACCUAUCCGUCCAUCCAUCCAUCCAUCCAUCCAUCCAUCCAUCCAUCCAUCCACCCACCCACUUACCCAUCCAUCCAUUUGUCCUUCAUCCAUAGAUCCAUCCGUUUUCCGCCCACCCACCUGUUCAUCUGUCAUCCAUCCAUCCACACAUCCACCUAUUCACUCAUCUAUAUCCGUCUGUCCGUCCAUUCAUCCAUCCAUCCGUCCGUCCAUCCAGAUGUUCCUAAGCACUUGCUUUGUUCUGGGUCCUAUCCCAGGGCCUUAUUAACCAACAAGACUUGCCCAAGUUCCACUGUAGGAUACAGGUCAACGCAAAACAGAGUCUGUCACUGUCUGAUCUUAGCCAGCUGGUUGACCCCAGGCCUCCAUGCCUCAGCUUUUAGAGGGGACAGAGGGGUCUGCCUUGCCUUUUUGGGGGGUUUUGUGCUAACUCAAGUGGGACAGGUGAGGCUGAAAGCAAUCCUAUUCUGGGUAGGUUUUCCUGAACUGAGCACUAUUUUAGUCCCACUCUGUCCCCCAGGAAGAAUUCUGGGGCCAAGGGGCUGAUGGUUUGCUGUCCCUGCCAGCCUGUCCUUGAUGUCCCAUCCCCUGUAAAUACAUGUCUGUCCCUCCUGGCUGGAAGUCAGUGGAGAAGCCUGUGUCUGGGCCGGGUUGGACUCCCCCCUGAACCUCACAGCCCCUGCUGUUUGUCGGGGUGGGUAGGGCUUCUGCAGGCCCAUGUGGGUCUGCGUCACGUCCUGAGGGGCUAGAGGGGUCUCAGGCUUCACUCUGAACUUGGGGGUUCAGGGAAUCACGUGGGGCUGCUAUGGGUGGUGUGCUGGUGUCCCUUCCCAGACCUCGAGGAGCCCCGGCAGGCCCUCUUCUGUUUCCGUGUGCUGGUGUCAGCACAUGCUUUCCUUGGAGGGCAGGCUUUCAUGUCUGAGACGGUUUGCAUGGCACUUCAAGGCUGCUCCUUCUGAGUCCCUGCGAUGGGUGUCCGUUGACAGUUUACACACCCCCGGAGAUGGGGGGCUCACUACUCUGCUCCCAGUGGUUCUGUGAUUAGGCCAUUCUGGUAUCAGGCCUGUCAGAAUGAGGCCAGCCUCAUCUGCCUCAGGUUGGGGGCUGGUUCUGCCUCCAGUGGAGGCAACCCUUGCCCCAGCUCUUGCUCAGCUCCCUCCCUCCCUGCUUUCUGCCUCCUGGAUCGCAAGCCCAGCAGGGAGUAGGGUCCUGGCCCCCAUGUCCAUGGGGUGCCAGGGUUCCAGGGGGCAGGGUGCAGGGGUCAGGACUAUAAGCAGGUAGGUGGGGGGGGAGGCAGGGAGGCAGAGGGUGACAAAGGAGAAACUCAAAGGAUCUUCAUUUCAUAAAUACAUUUUUUUCUUUUUCAAUGAAAAA